AAUGGCCCAGGGAUGCUGUGACGGGGACACACAUCAACAACCAAAUCCCUUCUCUCCUGCAGUCACAUUGGAGUCCUCAGCAGGGCUCAGGAGACUUCACAACCAAGUCACUGGGGCCUGAAAGAGCUGGGGAUGAAGCUGGGGGUCACCUGCCUCCUGUGGCUGCUGCUCAUCUGCCUGACCCUGCCUGCCACCCACGGCCGCGUUCUCCAGCGCUCCAUGGAGAUCAGGAACCCGGAGAUCGACCCCUCGUGGUACACGGGCCGUGGGAUCCGGCCGGUGGGGCGCUUUGGGAGGCGACAAGCCCUGGCUGGGGACCCCCACCCCGGCUGCUCAGCCCCACACCUGCACCCCCACGCCCCACAGCAGGAGCUGAACCCCUAA